UAGUAGUGCUCACAGACGAUUGAGACUGUCUGGAGGCAAGAACGAUGUUGCUUCCUCGUUUUGCAAUAAGAGAUUGCGAGAAUCGACCUACGUUUUUUGUUCUCAAGAUGCCCGCUAUACGUGUACUAAUGUAUUCACGCGAUCGGUCAUGUUCUGUACAACGCUCCGUCGUCGCUCAUCCUUUGCCUCAAUUAUCUCCUCGUCGAUUGUGCCAUCUGGACUUGGGGUCAAAGAAUCAUUGCUCGAAAACCAUGACAUUGCAGUCCCCCUUUCGGAUUUUCCGAAGAGUAUUCAAAAAUCAAACCGCACACUACGACUGCUUUUGUUGUCUCCAAACAACUUGUCAGAUGAACAACUGCCGGCCACACUUGCACGAAUCCAACACUUUGUCGCCCUUACCGGCGGUCUGGACAUCGCAAUCAUCCUCUCGCUUUCAGCAUCCAAACCCUUCUCUUCAGCAAAAGACCUCUUGAGCGGACCACACGGAGACGAGAUAGAGGGACUGCGUAGUUACACACGACUGCAGGCAGAAAUUAUGACAAACACAGAGCUCGCAUGGGUCCCAAUUCUUCCUCUUGCAAAGCUGGAGAACAUUGCCGACCUCGUCAAGACACACGCGCUAUCGAUCAGCCGACCCAGGCCCAAGCCGUCAUCUGCAGUCCGUCCCUUGGAUAUGUUAGCUCACUGUACACCUGACCUACCGCUCUCUUCUCUGGCUGUGAAUUUGACCUCCGAUGUCCUGCCUUCGCUCAGUCAUGUCGCCCAGGCUGCACUCGCUCGUCGGAGAGAUACACCCAAGACCAGCUCAGCGGUCAUCGUUCCAUCUGACGACACCCUACAGGGCAACGACAGAGCUUUCAAUAUACUUGCGGAGCAGCUGAACAAGGACGUCGUGGAUAGUAUGACAGACUUUUGGAUUGAAGACUGGGCCGUUGAGUAGAAGCACGAUCGUAAUUAAGGGUAGAAGUUCCCGUAGCUAUCAAGGAAUUGCUCGCAUGCUCUAAUUUUGCUCAUCUAUAGUCGAUAGCUUUCGUUAUGCAUCUCAUGCUUUUGUGCUUCUGCAAUCA